AUGCUUGAAAUAGGAAGAUCGAAUAGAGAUUGCUUGGCUAUACUUGCUUUUAUCGCACUGGCGGGGUUCUUUUAUUUGAAUCUUUUCGCUAAAGAGAGAUUUUUCGGAGAAGUGGAAGAGUACCAGAUUGAUAAGAUCAGCGUUCAAUACGAGCUUCUUGGUGAAAAAAUCCGUCUUUUGGAAGAAAAACUAGAAGAGACAGACGAAGAAAAUUCUGUCACUGAAAAUGAAGUCGAAAGUCUCCGUGAAGAAAUUCAAUUUCUUCAAAAUAAUGCGGCAGCUGGAGAGUUAAUGAAGAGUGAUUCCCUCGAAACCCUUGGUGGAAGAUUUUAUCCAGCGCCAAAGGCGGAAGAGACGAUUUCUGAUGAGGAGUGGGAAGAGAUAACCGAGGACGAAGACGAAGAUGAGUCAUCAGAAAGCGAAGAAGAAAACUACGAUGAUCUGUACGAAAACGCGGUUGAAGAAUCACAAAAAAUCUGCCCCCUUUCAGCCGAAUACACCGCCGCAGAAUUCCGAGAAGAAAACGUUCUGGCAAAGUACGAAACCCGACCUGACAAAUUCCUGACCUCUGUGCUGAUGAAUGGGCCCAACAAUCAACUCUUGGGUUUGAGGGAAACAAUGUUCAUCGCCAUUAAAUUGAAGAGAUCUUACAUUAUGCCAAAAUUCUUCAAACACGACCGAGCCGACCCAACAGCUGUCCACGAGUAUUUGGAAGAAGUCGAGCCAAAUGAGCGAGUUUCGAUCCUGAAGAUGCGACGAUUAAUGAACACAAAGCCUCUCGAAUCCGUUCCAGAUAUUUGCGAAAACGGCGAAUUCAGUGUCUUUUACCAACUUGCCAGAAAAGGUGGUUCUCAAAAUCAAGGCCGUCUGAUCAAAACUUGCGAAAAGGUCGAUUGCGAAGUUGACAAUGUCAAUUGCGAUGAAUGGAACGAAGGAGUUUGCUUGGAAAAUGUGAGCCUGCCGAAGGUUCCGAAUUUGAACAAAACUCCGAUGAAGCUCUCUAGACUGGCGCAGGAUGGAAAUAAUACAAUCAUGGAAACAAUCUACGACUCCGACCACUCUUGCGCAAUCAUGGCCUAUCCCUACAUGGACAUCAACUUCGCCCGGAACCUCUUCCACCCAAAAAUCAACGACGAAGACAAAGAACUGAUGAAAGACAUCAUGAAAGCUACUGGUAGACCUUUGCAUAUCGAAGAAGUCGUGCAAGAAUUCGUCAAGAACGCGAUCGGAGGAGAUGAAACGUAUGUUUCUAUGCACUGGAGGUACAAUGCUGGAGACUGGUGGCAUGGAGGCUGCGAUAUUAAGGAUGGACAUUAUAAGGCAGCUAAGCGUAAUGGGGAUGGUGAGGAUAAAAUCCCCGAAAUCUGCCGAAAACUAACCUACAUGCGCGAUCCUCGAAAUUUCGCAAUGCAGGUCAACGAAUUCCUGACAAAAACCUGGGCGAAUGUCAACAACGAAAAAGGCCGAAUCAUUCCCAAUAUCAUCAAGACAAUGUACAUUGCAACUCCUCCAUCAGAACUGGAUUUGAUGGAACGAAUGCGAGAAGAAUUGAAGAAGAUCAACCCGGAGUUGAAAAUCUUCGUUCAAACUGAUAUUGAGCCCUUCAUCAGAAAAUACUACAAGAACGCUGGUUGCUCUGAGCUCGAUGAUCGAUUCUGGGAAAUUCUUUCGAUGGCCGAGCAAGAGGUUUGCCUCCAAUCUUCCGUCUUCCUUCAUUCAGCCGGAUCAUCGUGGAGUAAAAACACGAACAUUGAAAGAAGCAUUCAUGACUACCCUGUGAGAGAUGGUGAAGUUGAAGCUUCCAUUAUGCCAAGAGGGGACUUCCGAUAA